AUGCUUUUGUCCUACUUUGGCAGCUAUUCACUUUCCCUGCGAUAUAUGUUUACUGAUGUGCAUAUUAAUCCAGAAGAUACCAGGCUUUAUAAUCUUCUCCUUUUUUUUUCUAAUUUCUCAUUCCUCCCUUUCCUUCCAAUUUUUCUCCUUCCUUUACCAUACUCGUUUUUUUCAUCCCUCUUUCUUAUAAAACUUCUCACUUAUUUUUGCCUCUCGUUCUUCGUUUUGUCUUCGCCUCACAAUCUUCUUUCUUUUCUUUACAAUCUUCUUCUGCAUUUUUUAAAUUUCUCUUUACAUCUGUUCCUUCCAAUUUCGCGUCUCUCAUUUUUAUUCCAGUCUUCUGUUCUCUUUUCUUUCAUUCAUUCUCAUUUUCUUUUUCAUCCUGUCCUCUUAUUUCUCAUUUUUUACUCCUUCGUCUUAUUUUUCUUUUUGCUUCGCCGAUUUCAUUCUCUCUUAUCCUCUUCUAAUCGUUUCCAUUUCCUUCUUUUCUUUAUCACGUCAUUCUAUUUAUUUUUAUAUAUUCUAAUCCCUACACAGACAUUUUAUUUCUCUUGUUUUUCAUUCAGUCUUCAGUUUCAAUUUUCUCCUUCACCCUAUUUAAAUAAUUCUUUCUUAUAUAAUCAUCAUCAUUCUUAUCAUUUAUAUUUUAGCAAUUUUCAUCAUGACGUGUUCUUAUUUUUCUUUCCCCCAUCUUGUCCUUUCUCUUAUGGUUAA